CAGUGAACUUGAAGGAGGAGCUGGCGUUACAUGCUAGGUAUACGGGGAUCAGGGCAGGACUUGAGAAGACGAAGGAAACUUGGUUCGGUGUCUGUGCAAUGUAGAGCCCUAACCUUUGGAAGAAAUUGGUGGUUCAAAGUUCUACUGUCAGCUGAUUAACCCUCAAGAUGCCGUCCACGAUGUCGCUGAAAAUAAAAUCCCCUGUGACUGCAGCGAAGAGCAUCGAAGGAGAAAUUUUUAGCCAGCGUCUGUCCUUCAAGCAGCUACACCUGCAUAAUCUGUCCUUAAACAUCUUAAGCGGCAGAGUCCCUUUUCAGUUGCACUUUUCUCAUCUAGUUCGAAGCUCCGCCAAAUUUGAAAGGGCGCCACGUGUCACGUCGUGUCAAGCAGCAUCAGCUCGCGGCACCUUGCACCACCUGACACCAGCUACGCCCUUCCGGUCCAGCCCCCGUUGGAAUGGACGAACCCGAGCAACUACUGAAAGUGGCCAAAGUGGAGGGCCGAGAGAGGGUUUGCAACCAGAGGAGGAGGAAGAAGAAGAGUUCUGGGUGUACACAGGAGACGAUGAGCUCAGCAGAGAUGAUGAAGCUAACGAGCCCGCUGAUGUCAGCGGGGGCCGUUCACGUUUUGGUGGAAAGGGCAGGGGUGAUACCAGCGGGGGAAAUCCACCCCAACGGCAGAGAACUAGAGAGAGGGAAGACUUUGAAGACUCGCUGAUGGAAGAGCGGGAGUAUACGGAAGCGGACUUGGCGGCGGUGGACGAGGAGUACGAGGAGCUCCUGAGGGCGGUGCAACAGCGUCAGGAGAGCGGUGCCGAUUGGCCUGAGGACGAAGAGGAUGAAGACGAUUUCCCGGUCACCUCAAAGAAAUCGUUUGGCUAUGCUCGAGAUGCUCAGACGAGGGCGGGGGACGGGCCAGCCUCUCCAAGCCCCCGCAAGAUACAGUUCGGGGGUCGCGAAUGGGACGAGCCGCGCAGCAUUUCUGAGAACAGGGGCAGCACAGGAGUCGGGGGGCACUCGCGGGGGCGGCACCAAAACGCGCCGUUUGAAGAUUCCUUUGCCCGAAAUAAUAACGAACGUGUUGGAGAGAGAAGGCGGACGGGCAGGGAACGCGCUCAAGGACAGGCGUCGGGAUUGUCUGACAGCGCCAGGCGGUCAGGGCCUGAGCCAGCGCAAUGGCCGCAGAGGACAGUUCUGAGCAGAGAGGAGGCACGCCGGAGGGACGAAGCGCUCAUGCAGGAGCGCAGCUGGUGGGGUGGGGGCGGACGUGGGAGCGCGUCGUACGGGGAUGAAUACGACGGGAGGAGAGGGGGGUUGGCAUGGGACGGGGCUUCGCUGCGGCGGAGGGAAGGCGCAACGCGGGGGGGGUUCCAGGGAAGGAGUUCAGGUGGGCGAGAGGAGCGGUUUAGGCAAACUUCGAGUGAGGGGGCGUCUUCAUGGGAGGGAGGGGGCGAAGGGGAGGCGGCAUGGGAUGACGAGGUGAUGCGCCAGCGGAGGGGGUCAGUACAGGGAAGGGAUUCAGAGGGGACGCCGCGAGAGCCUCUUCGAGAGGAGCAAUUGCGGGGGAGGUCUGAUGGUACAGCAUUUUCUGGGGGAAGCAAAACGGAACGGAAUGACAGCAUUGCGGGCAGGGAUGAUCUUGCAGAGAUCAUGGACAGUAUCUGUGGGCCAGAGACUGAUCUACGGCCCCAGGUUUCUGGAGGGAAGGGUACGAGGGCGUGGAGCAACUCAGGCGGGUUGAAGGACGGUUUCAGGGGAGACUUCAGGGAAGACCAAAUUGAAGGGCCUCGGGGCGGCUUGAGGGGUGGGUACGAGGAGCCACCGGCAGAGAUGCCGGCACGCGCAUGGCGAGACGGGGUGCGGAAUGUUGUGCGUCAGCAUCGUGAUGAGUCAAGUAGACGGGGCGAGGAUCUGUCUGGAGGAUCCUUCACAAGAGCAGGUAACGAGACUCCGAGCCGAUCUGAGAGUUGGGCGGAUGGCGCCUCUGAGACAGCGGCAGGACUCGGGGCCGAGAGCAUCCUCGCAGAAGAGUCCGAAAGACUGUCCGAAAAUGUAUCCCCAACCGGUGACGACCCGUCCAAAUCGUCUCGGAAGCGGAGACCAAAGCCGGUAAUUCCGGAAGGGGGGUGGACGUCUGCCGAGGGAACUGCUCCGGCGAGGGGGGUGUUUGCGGAGAGGAUUGAGCACCGAGGGUUUGUUCGGAAGGUCCCAGACUUUGUCAAAACGGGGGGGAUGCGCGGGGUUCCAGAGAGGAGGUACGGCACGGGGGGGGACGAGUGGGCGCGGCGUGAGGCGAAGUGGUUCGGGGAUGACGUGGGGUUUCAGGGGAAGCGAGAUGCAGGAGAGAAGAGCGAGAACGAUGCGGACGCUGACGACAGCGUGACCACUCGCAGCUUCUACCAGGCUGCUCCGGGCGCCCGGCGGACGUCGGAAUCCUCUGCCCCGGGCACUUUCCGGACGUCCGAACCUCUGUCCGCCCCCGGCCGUCCGCAGCAGGUUGUGCCCGGGUGGGCUCAGCCUAAAACGGCGCCGCUCGUCCCCGAGGAAGUGAGCGCGCGCGAGGAGCGGCAGCGGCGGUUCUUCGAGCAGAAGGAGCAGGCGGCGCGCAAGAAGCAGGCGGACGAGUACCAUAAGAGGGGGCGGGCGCUCCUGCUGUCUCGGCAGGGCACGUACCAGAAGAUGAAGCGGCGGCAAGAGGCGAAGCGGAGGAAGAAGCUCGAGUAUAUGGAGAUGGCAAAACAGUUUGAAGAGAAAGGCCUCAAGCUGUAUAAGGCGCCCAGUUGGCUGGACCAGAAGGACGGGGAGCUCGACGAAGAGCCCGAUGACUUGAUGGAAGAUAUCGGGAGGAAGCUAGAGAUCAUGGGCAUGCUGCCGCCACGCGCGGACUCGUGACCUUCGCUAGGAUUGCUUAGCGUUUGUCUAAUAUGUACGGCGGCCAUGUUGGGCUUUCUCUGAGCUCGUUGUGUCGAAGUUGUCGAACUUGUCGGGCCUGAAGUGCUGUAUAGGUAUGCUCGGGCUCGGACACCUUGAAUUGGUCCGCAGUGCAAGUCGCAGCUUAUAUUGAAAAUGUCGUGAUAUG